AUGGAGCGCAACCCAAUAUCGCAGCCGGCACCCAAGCCCUCCCCCAAGCCUCGACCUAUCCCCCUACUGGAAACCUCUGCGGCGCGCGUCUUCACCCACCUCCAUCCCGCAAUCCUGCUCAGCAGCUACCUUCUCCAAUUCCCAAGCAUCGUGGCCGACCCGAUCUCCGCGCUGGCCAUGUCGCUGCUCCCGCUGGCGCUGCUGCAAGUCACGUACACGACGAUCUGCCUCCCGCCCACGGGGACGUCGUCGUAUAUGCCGGCGCCAAAAGCGACGAAAGCGGGCUUGAAGAAAAAAGGGGGGGCGAAGCAGACGGGAGGAUAUGCGACGAAUCUUGCUACUUCCCUUCUCGCCCUUACGCUCGCCAUGGUCUUAGGCCCCGUUCUCCUCACCAUCGUCCUCAUCCUGUUCGGCGCUCCGAUCACCACGCAUCUGCCGCAUACCUUUCUCUGCGCCUGCCAUAUGUCGCUGCUGGCAAUUCAGCCUUUGGUAUACACGCAUGGAGUUAAUGCCGCCAAAUGGCGCGAACUCUCAGGGCUCCUCGUGCCCGUUGAUGAGGUGGUGGGAGGCUCCCUGGGGGUCUUCAUCGGGGCAUGGCUUGGGGCAAUCCCGAUACCUUUGGACUGGGAUCGAGAGUGGCAGAAAUGGCCGGUGACGAUCGUUACCGGUGCAUAUAUUGGGUAUGCUCUAUGCAAAUUCCUGGGCGGCUCGGUCGCGAUGGGUAGGCAUAUCAAUUUUGGAUAG